AUGUACGACCAAGUUUUGAAAUUCGGUGCGAUGAUUGUCGACGCUUUAUCUGAGUUCAAAUCAGGACCUGUUCUGAUUUACAUCCCGCCACUGGGCGAGCUCCGAGGAGGAGCCUGGGCCGUACUCGACAAGUCCAUCAAUCCAUCGAAAAUCGAGCUUUUUGCUGAUCCAAAUAGUCGAUCCGGUGUGUUAGAGCCAGAAGGAACCGUGAAGAUCAAACUAAAGGACAAGAACCUCCAGGAGCUCAUGUGUCGCUUUGACCAGCAGAUGAAAGAGCUUCAGGCGACUCUCAACAGUGGCAAUUUGACAACGGAAGAGAUCGGCAAAACAUCGGAGCUAACGACUUUGAGGAGCAAAUCUCUUCAUGACGCGUACCACAAUCUUGCGAUUCAAUUUGCAGACCUUCAUGACAUGCCACAAGCAGUUGCGAGCAAACGCUGCUUGACAAAAGUUGUGCCACUUGCAGAAUGCCGCCAUUUCCUUUACAACCGACUUCGGAGAAAGUUACUUGAGGACAAUUGCGUGGAUUUGAUUCAAGAAAGUGAUCCCGAUGUGACCCGGGAUGAAGCAAUAGCCACACUUGAGCGUUACUUCUUCCAGAACCAUCUCAAGAGCGGUAUCAAAUGGGACGAAGAUAUCCCCGUUGAAAAGUGGCUAGCUGAGCAGCUUGAGAAUAAAAAUUCGCACUUGAACAUUUUAAUUCAACAAAAUCAACACGAUCAAUGUCUGAAGCAAGUGCUCAAGUUGUCGGAGAACCAAGAAGUCGACCAAAUUGCGGAUAUGUUCCAGAGUUUACUGGACUCCUUGUCAGAUGAAAAGCAGAAACAAGUCCUCUCUAUCAUCAACGUCAAUCGAUAG